ACAGAGAGGGACGGAGGUAACAAGGAGAGAAAAAAAGGGAGAAGGAGCUGAGAGGACGGCAAGAAGAACCUUCAAUACUUACACCCCUGGACCUGCUGGAUUAGUGAAAUUUACUUUCAUGUGCAUCCUCUCAGAGAAGGAGACUUUGUGCCUGUUUGCACGUGUGUACUAGCUGCAUUUAACCAGCGUUUUUGUACAUAAAUGCAAGGCAUAGUCAGAGGAUGAGAGCCCUUUGCCUCCCUCUCGCUCUCUUCCUCCUCUUCUCCUCUCCUGUACAAGCCCUGUGGUGGAGUUCCUUUUGGGGGAACCCCAAAACCAGCAAGGGCUCAGCUUCUCCCUCCAUUCCUCCUCCUAUCCCCUCUCCAUCCAUCACCCCGCUGGGCCCAUCUGACACCCCAGGGGCGACGGAGAUGGUGGUGUCACUGGAUGAAGGGGGGGAAGAGAAAGCUCCGGACGGUAGCCCUCUCACAGAGGGGUCCGUGCUGACCCCUACGUCCAGCCCAGGGAUGUCAAUCUCCGCCCGCAUCACUGCAGAAGCCGGGCUGUUCCAUCCAGAGAAUGCAGGUGGUGGGGCCCGAUACAAGGCACUGAAACACUGGAAGAGCGAGCGAGGCUCAGGUCACCUGGACCUGACGGAGUUAAUUGGUGCUCCCCUCCCUCCCUCCGUCUCCUUCACCCCUGGCUAUGAAGGCCGGCCAGCCUACAACUUCGGGCCCAACGCCAACAUCGGCCGGCUCACAAAGACCUUCGUCCCAGGGUCGUUCUACAGGGACUUUUCCAUCAUUGCCACGGUACGCCCGGAUACUCCGAGAGGAGGCGUGCUCUUUGCCAUCACAGACUCCGGUCGGGAGAAGGUGGAGCUGGGUUUGGCCCUCAAUCCGGUGCGCGGGGGCCUCCAGGGCAUCGCACUAUACUACACUGACAGGGAGCAGGCCUCCAACAGCAGCAUAGCUGCAUCCUUUAUUGUUCCCAAUAUGACCCACCAGUGGACACGGUUCACGGUGGUGGUGGAGCACGAUGAGGUGCGUCUCUACAUGAACUGCAGAGACGCCAAAAGGACCACGUUCUCUCGGAGUCCCGAAAGACUGAACUUCUCUCGCAAUUCAGGUGUUUUUGUAGCCAAUGCGGGAAGCACGGGGCUCGAAAAGUUUGUGGGAUCCAUUCAGCAGCUGGUGAUAAGUGAUGACCCCAGAGUAGCUGAGGAGCAGUGUGAAGAUGACGAUCCUUAUGCCUCGGGAUUCACCAGUGGAGAUGAUGCUCUGGAUGACACAGAGACAGAGGAGAUGAAAACCUACAAGAGAAAACAUGGCACAGUCCAGGAGGAGGACAGCGUUCCAGUAAUAGCUCCGCCCACUGAGGCCCCGGAGACGGAGCUGGACGAGUACUCCGGUCACCACACCCCAAUAGACACCAGUGACGAAAUGCUGAUCAGAGAGCCGCAGACGGAAGAGCUGGGGGAGAGAUCAGGACAUGGUCAUUUCAGACAUGGGUCAAAGGGAGAGCGUGGAGAUCCUGGACCCAAAGGCCCACCUGGCCCGCCCGGUCGCCCAGGUUACAGCCCUCUACCUGGGCAAGCUCAGCCAGGUCCAAGAGGGACAAAAGGACCACCAGGAACCCCUGGAUCCCCGGGACCGAAAGGGAGAGACGGACAGCAGGGAAUGAAGGGUGAUACAGGAGUUCCAGGUCAGAGAGGAUCUCAGGGAUUUUCAGGUUUGGAUGGAGAAGCUGGACAUAAAGGAGAGAAGGGAGACCCAGGAGUUGGUCUGCCAGGUCCUCCCGGGCGUCCUGGGACUCCUGGACCCCCCAGAUCACGCAGUGUACCUUAUGGAGCAGAUGCCCUGGGGUCUGGCUUUGAAGAGCUGGACAGUGAAACUGAUGUCCUCAGGGGUCAUCCUGGUCCACCAGGUCCUCCUGGUCCUCCUGGUCCCCCGGGACCCCUGUCAUCAUCUGACUCAGCGGAAGGGCUCUCUCUAGGGCAUGCCGGACCACCCGGGGCCCCUGGCAGAGACGGGCUCCCAGGCAAACCUGGAAUACCGAAGUUUGAUGAGGAUGGGUUUAGUGGUUCUGGACCCGAGGGUUCAGGUUUGGGCUCGGGGCUCUCUUAUGACCUCGGCUCUGGUUUCAGCUCGGGGUUCAGUCCUGAGUCCAGCUUUGCCUCUGGUUCUGGUCCUGACUUUGGGUCCGCUUGGGGUUCAGGAGAGGGUCCAUCAGGAAGAGAUGGGGAUCCAGGUCUCCCUGGAUCAGUGGGAGCAAAGGGUAACCAAGGAUUAUCUGGGCCACCUGGGCCAAAGGGUGAAUGUGGGUCUGAGGGUAAAGCAGGGUCUCCGGGGCAACCAGGGCCCAGUGGUCCACCAGGGAAGAGAGGCCCAGCAGGUUCCCCGGGUCCUGCUGGCCCUCCCGGCCCUCCAGGAACCAACUUCUUUAUCGAGGAUAUGGAGGGUUCCGGGAAGAGUGACAUGCUCAUCAAAGCUGGAGUCAGAGGCCCACAGGGUCCCCCAGGCAUACCUGGCCCACAGGGUGCCAAGGGUGAGGAUGGAACCACUGGUGCUCCAGGGCUGUCUGUCAAAGGUCAGCCAGGGGACCCAGGACCAGAGGGUCGUCAAGGUCCUGCAGGACUACCAGGUGCUAGGGGGGCCAAAGGAGAAAAGGGCAAUCAAGGACACAAGGGUGAUUGUGGUGUUGAUGGACUCAGUAUUCCAGGACCACCAGGAGCUCCUGGACUUCCUGGGCCGCUCCCCAAUCUGUUCGACCUGUUCAAUUUAACCGACGGAAUCUUCAACUUCACAGAGAUCAGAGGAGCACCAGGCCCCAUGGGCCCUGAAGGGUUGCCUGGUAGAGCUGGAUUUCCUGGCCCCAGAGGACCAAAGGGAGACCCCGGCCCUGUGGGAGUCCAGGGACCAGCAGGCUUCAAGGGGGAGAAGGGAGAGGCGGGGGUGACCAUUGCUGCUGAUGGGUCCCUCUUAUCCGCGCCAAAAGGCCCCCAGGGACCCAAAGGCAUCAAGGGUGACCGUGGGUUUCCUGGACCUGUCGGACUUAUGGGCCCAAUAGGACCAGCUGGACAAAAGGGAGAAUAUGGCUUUCCUGGCCGUUCAGGACGAUCUGGUAUGCCUGGGAGGAAAGGUGACAAAGGAGACUCUGUCGGCCUACCGGGACCUCCUGGUCCUCCAGGCGCACCUGGACAUCCGGGAAGAGUUAUUGGGCUUAAAGGAACAGUGUUUCCGGUGCGCCCCAGACCGCACUGCAAAAAGGGACGAGAAGCAGUGACAGCGGGAGAUGCCGUCAGAGCUAAAGGAGAUAAAGGAGAUGAGGGAAUAUGUGGAGAACCAGGCACACCUGCGCCCGGGAUUCCAGACGGACUUGUGGGUGCUAGAGGCGAUCAGGGAUACCAAGGUCAGAAGGGAGAAAAGGGUGACAGUGGUGUACCUGGUCCCCCAGGACUGCCUGGGAGGUCAGGACUUGUGGGUCCAAAAGGGGAAUCCAUCAUUGGCCCUUCAGGACCUACUGGUCCUGUGGGUGAACCUGGGGCCCCUGGGUAUGGACGACCUGGUCCCCGUGGGCCCCCCGGCCCUGCUGGACCCCAAGGAAUGGCACCUGCAUCGGGGGUCAGCGUCCCUGGCCCACCUGGUCCCCCCGGCCCAUCUGGAUCUCCGGGAUAUGCCAACCCUGUACCAACCUAUAAGACGAUCCACGCUCUGGGCAGAGAGACUAACCGGGCCGCGGAGGGAACCUUGGUCUACGUGUCUGAGAAGGGAGGAGAGCUGUACAUUAGAGCACGCGACGGCUGGCGUAAGAUCCAGCUCGGGGAUUUGAUCCAAUCUGGACCAUCCACCUCAGCCGUGUCACAGUCCCUCAGCAGACCUGGAGAUUGGAGCAGACCGCUCAAGACUCACAGCCAGAGCCAGGAGCUUCAAGAGGGCAGUAGAGGAUAUCAGCCCAUCUAUAACGUACUACCACAGACCUUCAACGACGUACCUGGGCUCCACCUGGUAGCCCUGAAUUCCCCACUGAAGGGGGACAUGCGUGGCAUCCGGGGGGCGGACUUCCAGUGCUACCAGCAGGCCCGCUCCAUGGGACUGACCACCACCUACAGGGCCUUCCUGUCCUCGCACCUCCAGGACUUGGCAACAAUCGUGAGGAAGGCGGACCGCACCGAUAUGCCGGUGGUGAACCUCAGGGGUGAAGUUUUGUUCAGUAGCUGGAUGUCCAUCUUCUCCGGGAAUGGAGGAACGUUUAACCCAUCAACACCCAUCUACUCCUUUGACGGACGCAAUGUGCUGUCUGACCCUGCAUGGCCUGAGAAGCUGGUGUGGCACGGCUCCAACGCGGUGGGCAUCCGUCUGACCACAAACUACUGCGAGGCAUGGAGGACUGCCGACAUGGCGGUGACGGGCCAGGCCGCGCUGCUGCAGACGGGACGUCUGUUGGGACAGCACACCCGCUCCUGCUCUAACCACUACAUCGUGCUGUGCAUAGAGAACACAUACGUGGGCAACACGCAUCAGAGGAGGACCUGAGGACACGGAGGAAUCACACACACACACAAACACUUGCAGGCACAUACACACACACAAACACACCAUGAUGACACGUCCGCUGCAUGCAAUUUAGACCCAAGUACACAGACAAUAAGGCCCUUUUGCUAAGAGGUGCAGAUAAAAUACACACACGCUCACAUAGACGUCGACACUCGAGCAGAAAAGAAGUGAACACAUUUCAGUUGCUUUCACUUCAACACAGUCUAGAGUUUCAUUAUUUCUAUUCACUGUGAACAUGCAACAGCAAAGCAUAUCUCCACGCAGGACAUUGGGAUGUACAGUAUGUGUUGUUGAAGUGGACAUAAGGUACCGUCACAGAGGGAUCUGAGCAGAACUCAAUGACUGAACAGACAACCAUAAAUGUGUUAUGUGCAGAAGCCCCUGAGAGGUAAGUGAAGGUGAAAUCCAUUCACCAAGUGAUAAAAAGGAAUUUCCAUGAAUGCUCAACACAAGGCACAGAGAUUGUGUGUUAGCAGUUUGUGUAAUUGAAACUGUCUGUGAAGAAAACAAGAAACAAGCUUGUGUUCCUUUUUAAAAGGUUGGACAGUGGUGCGCUGCAGCCUCCCCUGGAUAAAAUGAUGAAAAUACAAGAAACAACUUAACCCUGUAAAAGGAUCCCCAUUAUGUUUUCCUUGCCAACUAUUUUUGACCUAUUUUUCUCACAGACAAGAAAAUAAUACUAAAAUUAAUUUAAAGUGAUUAUCCUGCUAAACCUUUUCUCAAGUUACAAACAUUUUCAUCAGAAUUAGAAAAUGGAUCAUUCAUUUUUACUCAUUUGCUUCUCAGGGCUUCUUUAGUUAUUCUUUACAUAUUUGCUAAUCAUUUUCAUACGCCUUCCUUAUUGUUAGUUGUUUUUUUUAUAGUUCCAUGCUUUCUAAAACAUUCAUUAAAAUCUAGAGUGAAAAAUGCAGCAGCAGAUAAAUAGGACUAUGUUUACAUUUUGGAUAAAAAUGGUUCAUUAAGGAAGUUUAACCUCACUUAAAUGUACAGUGUUGUAGUCUAGACCCUUAGACAUGUGUAUCAAAGCUAGCUGUUGUGAAGAAACAUUCACUCUCCAGAGCAGACAAGUUUCCAGGAUAUGCAAUGAAUAAAACAUUUUUGUAAAAUUCUAUCUUUCUUAUAUUGUCAUCAAACCUCAUCAGAAAAGAUCAGAACCAACUGUCCCAGCCUGUCUCUCUGCUCCAAGACAACUGCUUGCUACUGAAGGCCUAAUAUUUUCAAAAAGAGAAGGUUGCAAAAUAAAUAUUUAUUCAUAUUUCAGAAUUCAAAAGCAACUGUAGUUUAUGGCAAGCAUUUUUUUGUUUCUUUGGUGGCUAGUUCAGUGAUCAAUUAAUACAGAUUUGGGGCUCCCCCAGAAGCAGAAGGGGGGUUGUCAGAAAAAGUCAAACUAGAAAACAGUUUAUUAUAAUAAAGGAAUAUGUGUCCCAGAUCAACAGUGUGUGGAUUGCUAUGUGUUUAAUAGUUAAACAGCAGGUAGAGAGGAAAACAUACACACUGGAUACAUCCCAGACUACUUCUUGAUUUGGAUCCCUUAUUUGUUGGUUUUGGGCUUUUGUUGGUAUUUGCUAACAAUGGGAGAAAGAAAUGUCAUGAGUAUGAGAACAAUGUGAACCAUUGGGAAAAGUGAAAUUAAUAUUUCAGCUGUAAAUACACUUAAUGUAAAGUACUUGCUCUAGAAAAGUUAACCAAUCACCUCGAUUUCUCCUCCAUUUCCUCCAUUUUCUCUUUCAGGCCCCUGAAAAGCCAAACCAGAACUGGCUGCAUUUAACCAAAAACAUUUUAGCACUAAGAUCUUCUCUCUAAUCAUUGAGCUCCAGGUAUUAAAUGGAUAUCAAAGAAAUGAGUAAUGCAAGAUGAAUAAAUGAAGAGAAAAAUCACGUUUACCAAGUAUCUUAGCUUGCUGAGCCCCCAAACCUAGGAGCUAGGAAAGAAAUCACAUUGAAAGAUUUAUUCAUGAACACCAUAUCUGCGGCGACCACCUGCAGAGUCAUUGUGGUUUCUGUUAUUUUUAUUAUUGCACGUAGCUUUGCUAAGACGACAAGCAUAGACAUUAUAGCAGUUAAUGAACCAAUCAGAUGGCAGAAAGCUGCUUUUGUUUACAUUGGCAUUGGAAUCAGAUAAUCCAACAUUAAAGAGUGAAUGUUUCAAACAUAUGGUCACUUUUUUCCAAUCUUCUGCGGAACCUUACCCCUGCAGCUUGCAAUAAAUGAUUCAAUUACUGUCAACAUUAAUAUACAUCCAUUAGUAUUAUAUUUACAUAUAUACAUCUAUAUACAUGUACACAUGUGUAUAUUUCAAAUGUUUUUACAUUGUAGAGGUAGGUUUUGUAUGACACACACUAAAUAACUGAAAACGUUUUCUGUUGAUUGAGGUGAAAGUCCAGUGUUCUGCCUGUAAAGUUGAUAAAUGCGCCCAGCUAAAAGCAGCAAAGUCUUGGAAAUGUCUUGAUUUUCAAAGAAUAUUUUCCUGAUCAUGAUUGCUUAUAACAACAAUGAGAAUGUUUGUACUGACUGAAUCGUGCUUACUGAAUAAAUGUCUUAUUUUGUCUUUUUUUUA